UCCCCGACUGCCCACUCGCGGCCGCACCUGCGCCGGGGCGCCGCACAAACACAAAACCCUACAUCUCGACAUCUCGCAGUCCGGUGGCAGCGACAAGCUAGUCUUGCGGGCGUACGUCGGCGGCGUCACGGUUGACGGCGACUCCGGCCUGCGGGGUGGUCGGGGACGCGUCUUACGACUAGCUAGUGAUUCAUCGAGGGGAAGUUGCGCGAUGACUGCAAAGACCCUGCGGAACAAGGGGGGGACUACUGAUUACACAAAAGGUGUGAGCAGGGAGCAGAGAGCCAUAAACAGAAGGAACAAACUGGAGUCGUCACUAGUUUCAAGUGGGAUUAAGUACCCAAAAUCUUGUUCUGACAAGAGAGCCUGGAAGCGCAUGAAAAAAGAGAGGUUCGAAUAUCGAAAGGCUCAUGAGGCAUUUCGUAAAUUUGAGGAGAAUCAACGUGCUAUUGCUGUGCAACGAUUCGGUGAACCUUUUCGUGAUAGAGAAGUUUCAAACAUUGCUUUUGAGGAGAAGUCAUUUGGUGAAAUAGUCAAACCUGGUCAAAUAACUUAUCCAAUCAGUACUAAUUAUGUUGUGGAUUUGUCUUCCUUGGUCGUCUCGCUCGCUUUGUUUGAUGGAGAUAAGAUGUUAUUUGCAUGCUCGGGCAUACCUUUACCUCACGGAAGAACUAGAGAAAGCCUAACAACAUUUGUGACAUCAGCACAUUUGGUUAGACAAUUCAACGAGAAUAGAAAUAAAGAUGAUAAGUUGAGGGUUGCAGUGCGCCUUCCUAAUAAUAGAACUACCGAUGGGUUCUUAGGACUAUAUGAUAAAGACAUUGCUAUCGUCACAUGCUAUGGCUUCCUAGGAGUCCGUCCUAUAGAUCUGGAUCUUAUGGCAACACCUUCACCUGGUGAUAGUGUGCAAGCUGCUGGGCGUGCCUUCAACUCUGGCAGUUUGAUGGCCAUGCGUGGAUCUCUGUAUGAGAAACGCCACCUUCAAAACCUGGACCACCUCAACACCUGGGGUUCUGAUAGUCAAGAUAUCUCUAAGGCUGUACUUGGAGGGCCACUUCUGGGGUGCGAUAAUAAAAUUCUUGGGAUAAACUUAGAUAUUUGUGACCCUGGUGAUGCAAAUUUGAGAUGCACAUUCCUAUCAAUGGACUUACUUUGCAAACGCUUGAAGCAUUUUCAGAUAAUCAAGUAUGUCUUCUACACUUAUAGUAUUUAUGAACUAUUUCUUCAGUUAACCUGAUUCAUAUUUGUUCCAAACCCUCUCUCCUAAUCCACUUCCUGUUUAAGGUAAGCCAUUUUUACUAGCAGCAUUGGAGACUUAGGAGUUUUCACAUGGUAACCUUUGGUUUGAAAAUAAUUUGGUUCUUCUUACCCCCUCUCUACUGAAACCAGUUCCAUUGCCAGAUCUUAUGAUGCUAACUUAGUGCCCCUGCUUAAUGUUUUGGUCUAAAUUAGGAAGAAUUAAACAAUUCUUUGUGGCAAUAUGGACAAUGCAACUUGUAUUUGUGACAUGAAUAUGCUCAAUCCUCUCAUCUUUUGUUGAAUAUUUAUGCCUGAUUCCAAGUCAUUAUUUCAUACCUUUAAUUCUUUCACAAGACAAGAUUAGAUUCAUGUGUUGGUAUGAUUGGAUUUUUUUUCCCUGUGUAGUUCCUGUGUUUUAUUUUUGUCAUAACAAGUCAACUAUGUUUUAUUGCAGUCCUAAAAAACUACACUUCCGUGGAUAUACGUUGCCUAAACAUGUAUCAAGCGUAGUUCCUUCAGGGUUUAUGCAAACUAUUUGCAGGUUAAAGUCCUGUGGUUAUCCCAUUCCACCACCUCUUGUGCUCGAAUAAUGCUUUGGUGAAUUACUUCCUUGGAAAGGGUAUCCCUAUCAUCAAACACCCCGUGGCUCUGGGGAGCGUGUCUGGAAUCAACUUCCGAAAGAAAUUGUGACAGAUGUAUCCCGUCGUGUUGUCUCACUUGCUU